GUGAUUUUAGUGAAUGUCACUUUUUGUCAUUUCCCGCCGUUCCUCCCCCCGUACAUCCCGAUGCUCGCAGGGGACGGAACCCAGAAGACAGAUGCCAGCAUCUGCCAGAUUACAUUGCCGGGGACACUGCAGGAGGGACAUCGCGGGAGCGCAGGACAAGGUAAGUGAUCGAGGGAUCCCGGAGCAGCGCUGCAUGGUAUUCCCGAGUGUAGCUCGGGGUCACCGCUUGUGGUACUGAAACUUUACCCCGAGCUACACUCGGAAAUAUCGCCAGGGAGGUUAAACAAAUAUACUGAAGGAGUAAAAACACAAAGGGGGAGAUUUACUAAAACUGGUGCAGCUGUGCAUAUUAACCAAUCAGCUUCCAACAUCAGCUUGUUCAAUUAAGCUUUGACAAUAAAACCUAGAAGCUGAUUGGUUGCUAU